UGGGAUUUACAAAGUCAAAUAAGCAUAGAUUUUGAGUUUAAUCAGUCUUCACCUCGCCAACCACUCUGCCUCUUCACUUUCACUCAUAAUACUCUGAUAACAAUUCCAAGAAUUUUGAUUCAGGGGAACAAAAAGUUGCUUAAUUUGCAUUGAUUCUUCAACUGGAAAUCAGGGAAGUUCGUAGAGAUGAAGCUGGCACCGAGAGAAACUGAGAAAUUGAUGCUCCACAAUGCUGGAGAGUUGGCACAGAAGCGUUUGGCGCGUGGAUUGAGGCUUAAUCACGCUGAAGCUGCUGCUCUUAUAGCCACUCAGAUUUUGGAGUUCGUCCGUGAUGGCAACAAAACCGUGGCCCAGCUGAUGGAUCUUGGGAGGCAAUUCUUGGGGAGGAGACAAGUUCUUCCCGCUGUUCCUUAUCUCUUGCAUUCAGUUCAGGUUGAGGGGACCUUUCCUGAUGGGACCAAGUUGGUAACGAUCCAUGACCCCAUAUCAUGUGAAAAUGGAAAUCUGGAGCUAGCUUUGCAUGGCACUUUUCUUCCAGUUCCUUCUCUAGACAAGUUUCCCACAUUAGAAGUCUGCAAAAUUCCUGGUCAGCUACUAUUCUCACAGGGACUUAUUACAAUUAACUUGGGAAGGAAAGGCGUAGUUCUCAAAGUAACUAACACUGGGGACAGGCCUAUUCAGGUUGGGAGUCAUUAUCACUUCAUUGAAGUCAACCCAUUCUUGGUUUUUGAUCGAAGUAAAGCAUAUGGCAUGCGGCUAAAUAUCCCAGCAGGAACAGCUACCCGUUUUGAGCCAGGGGAUACAAAAAGUGUUGCACUCGUCAGAAUUGGAGGUGAACAAGUUAUUAGGGGAGGCAAUAAUAUUGCUGAUGGACAGGUGGAUGAUGCCAAUAUCACAACAGUUAUGAAAGCUGUACAUGAAGGAGGAUAUGGUUUUUCAGAGGAAGCAAAUGCUAGGGAAUAUGUAGUUGAAGAAAAUUCUUCUUUUUCCUACUCAAUGACUCAUGAAAGCUAUGGUAAUAUGUAUGGUCCUACCACUGGUGAUAAAAUUCGGCUUGGGGAUACUGAUUUACUUGCAGAAAUUGAAAGAGACUUUGCCGUUUAUGGAGAUGAGUGUGUAUUUGGUGGUGGAAAAGUUCUGAGAGAUGGAAUGGGACAGGCGUGUGGAUAUGAAUCAUGUGUUUGUUUGGACACUGUAAUAACAAAUGCAGUGAUAAUAGACUAUACAGGGAUCUUUAAGGCCGAUAUAGGCAUCAAAGAUGGAUAUAUUACUUCUCUUGGGAAAGCAGGCAACCCAGAUGUCAUGAAUGAAGUAUCACAUAAAAUGAUCAUAGGAGUAAAUACUGAGGUUAUCGCUGGAGAAGGAAUGAUUGUUACUGCAGGAGCUAUAGACUGUCAUGUGCAUUUUAUAUGCCCUCAAUUAGCUUAUGAAGCAAUAACAAGUGGCAUCACUACAUUGGUGGGAGGUGGUACGGGACCUGCUGAUGGGACACGUGCAACUACUUGUACUCCAGCACCUUUUCACAUGAAAUUAAUGUUGCAAUCAACAGAUGAGUUGCCCCUCAAUUUCGGUUUCACAGGAAAAGGAAAUGCCUCCAAAGAAGAGGGCCUUCAUGAAAUAAUCAAAGCUGGAGCAAUGGGAUUGAAGCUUCAUGAGGACUGGGGAACUACUCCGGCUGCAAUAGAUAGAUGUUUGUGUGUUGCAGAUUUAUAUGACAUUCAGGUUAAUAUUCAUACUGACACAUUGAAUGAAUCUGGAUUUGUUGAGCACACAAUUGCUGCAUUUAAAGAUAGAACUAUUCAUACUUACCACAGUGAAGGCGCAGGCGGUGGUCAUGCUCCAGAUAUUAUUAAAGUUUGUGGUGUAAAAAAUGUUCUCCCCUCUUCAACUAACCCAACACGUCCAUUCACUUCGAAUACUGUAGAUGAGCACCUUGACAUGCUUAUGGUCUGCCAUCACCUUGACAAGGAUAUCAAAGAGGAUGUGGCCUUUGCUGAGUCACGGAUUCGUGCUGAAACCAUAGCUGCAGAAGACAUAUUGCAUGAUAUGGGGGCAAUAAGUAUCAUAUCUUCCGAUUCACAGGCUAUGGGUCGCAUUGGAGAGGUGAUUUGCAGAACUUGGCAAACUGCUCACAAGAUGAAGUUAUUGAGAGGACCACUUGAAAGCAGCCAACCAGAAAAUGAUAAUUUGCGUAUCAAGAGAUACAUUGCAAAGUACACAAUUAAUCCUGCUAUAGCAUGUGGGUUUUCGAAGUAUGUGGGAUCAGUUGAGGUGGGCAAGCUGGCUGAUAUUGUCUUGUGGAAGCCAUCAUUUUUUGGAGUCAAACCAGAAAUGGUGCUAAAAGGUGGAACAAUAGCAUGGUCUGAUAUGGGGGACCCAAAUGCAAGCAUCCCAACUCCAGAACCGGUGAUGAUGAGGCCCAUGUUCGGAGCAUUUGGUAAAGCUGGGAGUACCAAUUCAAUUGCUUUUAUCAGCAAGUUGGCUCUAGAUUCUGGAGUAAAAGACGAGUAUGGACUGAAGAAGAGGGUGGAAGCUGUAAGCAACAUAAGGAGGCUCACAAAACUUGAUAUGAAGCUCAAUGACGCCCUUCCACACAUCACAGUCGAUCCAGAGACAUACACGGUGACAGCAGACGGCGAGGUUCUUACCUGUACUGCUGCUACCACGGUUCCACUUUCUCAAAAUUACUUCCUUUUCUAAGUUUGAUUGGUUUAUUCAAGUAUAUUAGCCUUCUAUACAUAAAUAAUACAACUACAGAUACUACUGCAAUGAAAUAAUAUGUUAAAAAAAAAUGUCUUGUAACAUUUCCUGUAUGUUAUCAACUUGGAAGUUUGAUAGAAAGUGGCCCGAUUCUUCUCUGUUCA